AUGGAUGGCGUCGAUUCCCUGGGCGGCCUGCGCGGCCUGUAUCAAGACCUCUCAGGUAUUACAGAGUCUUCAAUCGUCAACAUUGACCGUCUCUGCGUUGAGUUAGAAACUCACCUGAAAGACUUUCGCACCCUUCUGGAUAAGCCAUCAAAGAAUGACAAUAGUCGAAAAUCAGUGCUUACAGGCAAAUUGACAAUCGACGACGUCGAAUAUGCGAUCAACACCGAUUUCCAGCAAGGUACUUUGCAGCUUGCCGAUGCAUUAAACGUGGACGAAGUCGAAGCAGCCGCGCUGUUUAUGGAGGCGCAGGAAGGCGCGCAACAGCUUGAUAGAACGCCGCUGAUCGCGGCCAUUAUGCGAUUUCACCAACGGCGACAAUUUUUGCUCGAAUGCUUGCGUCUAAUUUUCCAAGAAUCCUUCGAUGUCGAGCGAGAGGAAAUACAGGAGCUUAUGCAAAAUACGGUCGCUCAUAUUCUACAGACAAAGGAAGGAACAUUUCGCAACGCGUCUCUUUUCGCUCGGAAGUGUCUUGCGUCAAUGGAAGAUAUCGAGAAAUGGCUGGCGCUCAUUUCCGAUCAGAUACAAAAGAUCUCUAUUGUCGGUCAGGCCGAGGAUGCAGAUAUUACAGAGGCCUUCGAACACCAACGCACGAGCUUGAUGCAGCAACACGAAUCUUUGGGUGCCACACUCUGCUACCUCUUUAAAGGAACAUUCACGUCAUCGGAAGACCUUCGCUUCCUUUUGGAUCGCAUGCGAAAGAUUGAGCGGGUCGAUAUGCUUCUAGUGCAUUACGUUCCCGCGAUAAUCGCCGCACUUGUGCAAUAUGGUUCUCCAAGCGGAUCGGGUACGCAACGAGAGGCUCGAAGCCUUCAUACAGCCAUUACAUCUACGAAAGAUAACAACGCAUGGAUUCUGGCUCCGUUUCGCGCUGCUGUCAUCUCGUGGUGGUUGACGGUUUACAGUGGGUGGUACUUUGAUUCAGGUCCGGCAUCGCCAUUGCAAGGCGUCGAUUUCGAUAAAGAAGCAGAAGAACGCACUGCUUUAUUCAAAGUGUGCUUAGAUGACGGUGCUCUCGAGUUCAUGCUAGCCAUUUGUGCUAGUAUUGAAACUGACGGAUGGAGGCAUCCGGCUCGAAAUGAACUAGUGAGCCUGUUGUUGAAGGACAGUCAGGCCUCUGUGUUCGAGACUGACUCAAUUUCACAAUUUGUGAAACCUCUUGUUAUGGAACACUUUGAUACGUUCACCGAGUCAUGCAUUGCCAAUAUGCCAAAUGCUGUCCGAAUGUUGAAAACAGAUGAAGAUGCCCAGCGUCUUGACCAAAUUACUGCACUCCGGGAUGGGCUCAGCUCGAGUUUACACCGCGGCGUCUUGGAAGCUCGUACCCAUCUUGAAACUUUCUUGGUGAUCAUGGCAUUUGCUUUCGAAGGUCGUCAUGAUCCCGCACAGGAAUUCUGGGCCGACCCAGAUGGUAAUUUGUACGGCUUUCUUCAAUGGGCUUCGAAGCGUCAAACUGUCCCACGCGUGAGUGCCUUCUGUGAAAUGCUAUGCUCCAUAUCAGAGGGUGAGGAUAAUGCAGUGGCAGCGCAUAGGUUCCUUUCCGAAGAAGAUAAGCACACAUCAGUCAAGUUCAGACGCUCACCAUCAAUGAACUGGGUUCAAAUGUUUGCCGAACUUCAACUUUACGCGACAAAGGUUACCGAGAAGCCGUCAACAUCAAGCCAAAUAUUGCAUACACGAAAAGUAGAAAAUAUCGAGAUGAACGAACCUGAAAGCCCCGUAAUGCUUACUUGCUAUCUUCAACUCAUCGGCCAUCUGUCGAAGCAGAGCAGCACUAUCCGAGAAUGGAUGCUUCAUUAUCCUAGCUUCAAUGUGAUUAGCACACUGUUAACGCUAAGCAGUGGCUCGGUUCCCACGCAUCUUCGAGCAAGCGCUUUCAAAACGCUCAAAGCAUUAAUGACAGAUCGCACCUCAAGCCACGGAAACGAUAUGUGGCUAGCCCUCGACCAAUGGAUCUCUGGCGCUGCAGCAAAUGCUUCUGGACUUGCAAAGGCGCCGAUUCUUUCAAACCAGCCCGCGUGGCACGAAAGGCAUGCAUUUCAGAAGAUCGGUGAGAGUUUUGAUCAAACCAAUACUUUUGUCGAUCUAGUUCACACAUUGAUUACGCCGACUUCCGAUCUCCCCGACAAGCAACUCGCUCUACCGUUUCCAGAGGCAUUGGGAGCAUCGUACCGAAUGCCCGGCAUUGAACCGUACAUCGAUUUCAUCCUAGGCCAUGCUUUUGCCCGCAAGGUCCCAGAUGUCACCGAAGCGCAGGGGAGAUUACUUGCGUUGAACUGCCUUAAUUUCAUGGCGACUUGUCUGGCAACAUUCAACGAGGAUUUGGUGGCCCUCGCACACCAACCCUCAGCCGGCCCGGAAACAAGCAUCAAUUCCUCAGAUUUUAACAACUAUAUCCGCCUUCAUCCGUUUGCUCGGGUCUUCGAGUGGCUCUUCAACGAGGAUGUGCUCAAGACUCUUUUUGUAUCAGCCAGACAGGACUCAGCAGAGGUUUCAAAAUCCCACUUUGACUCGGUCCUCGUUCAGUCACUGGUGAAGAGCCUUGAUGUCAUGAACUUGGUUUUGGAUCUUCAGUCGACUUAUCUGAAUAUCGUACGACCGUUGCUGAGAAACCAAGGAAUUACCACCAAAGUGACUGUCGCUAAUUCGGCUCUCGCCUCCUUUGAGGAUAGCAUUUUGAACAAUCUGUAUCUCAUACCUGCUUUAUGCCUUUAUUGUGGAUCCGGGCAUGAACUACUCACUAUUAGUUCUAUGUCUCUCCUACGGAAAUUGUCAAGCUCCCGAAAGCUCAACAAAUCCACAGCAACAGGCUUGAUAACCUGGAAAUCACCAAAUCGAAUUGUGGAGGUUCUUAGUACAGAAGUAAAUGCCGAUAUUGUUUCUCGACCAUUGGUUCAUCAAAUGGAGCCAGAGCCAAGAGAGCUUGAUCAUGGUCAUACCGCGCCUGGUUACUUGAUUCGCGAGAAUUUAUUAGGCUUACUCAACAGUUGUCUUGCGACGAUCACGGAUAGACCUAAUAUCGCACAUUUAUUGCUCGGAUUUUCUUGCGUGGGCAACACGCUGGACGUGGAUUCAGGGGGCCUUCUGGCCAAGGGCAUGUCAUUGCUUAAUGCCGUCAUCAACUUUGUACAAACAUACCCUACUGAUAUAGAUGGAAGCAUCUUGUCAUGGGCAGUUCACGCUAAACGCUUGGCUUUUGAAGUCCUUAAGCACCUUUGGUCGUCCAAAUUAUCAUCCGCCUUCGUUCUAACCGAGCUUCGCAUGAAUCGCUUCUUGAUGGUUUCGUUGGCUAGUCAGCCCAUUGUCAAUUCCAACACAGUCUGGGACGAUUUUCCAUCUACAGUACCAGAGUUUUGGAUUGCGGCCUCCGCAACAACCGGACUCUGUGAAUUCUUAGCAUAUCGAAGUCAUCUGUAUGAAUAUGCAGCUACUGAGGUCAGAGCUGCUUCAAAGCUUGGCUCGCAGUCACUACAACUUGAUGUGCUAUCAACUUUACUUGGGAUGUCUCUUGUUGAGGAAGGAGAAACAGUGACUCACGCCACAGUCUUUGAUCUCUUCGAUAUUGCGGACAUGAAAUUAUCCCAUGGUCUUUCACUUCCUCAACUGCACUACCUUGCUGGGGUUGAUUUUGAUAUCUGCGCUAAAGAGCAGCCGGAUAGUUCUGUUCUCUAUGACCUCGAUGCAGCUGAGGAGCUUAUCAAACUGAGAAGGAGAGACAUUGCAGGGGGUAGUCAAGUACGGGCACAAGAGGAAGAGCAAUUUCUGCUUGAAGCCGAUCAUCUGCUUACCUUCCUUCGUGUAAUCAAUAUGGAGAGACAAAUACAUCUCAACCGGUACCUUGCGAUCCGGUCGUGGUGCGAGCUAUUGACAACGAUGGUCAUAUCUUGUGAUAUGGAAGAGGGACGCAGGAGAACAUUUAUCCUUCAAGCAAUCAGUUUAAUCACGCCGAAACUUGAAGUUGCUAUGGUUGAGAAUGUAGCUGAGGCGAUUCAGCUGGCGCAAUUAGCGGAGACAUUGAUUGGUAAACUCGACAGUUCAGUAUCGGCAAAUCAUCAAGGUCGUGGAGGCGAUUUAAUCGAUGAGAAACUUUAUCAACUGUUCCAGAUUAGCAUUCGAGGGAUUUGCUUGGCGAUCGGAGAUGUUUCACUACGUGAAUCAUUUUAUAAUAUAUGUGCUCAUUACAUCUCUCGAAUUACGACGACACCUGGCUCGAUUCAUCAAAACCUGCGCCGUCAAUGCCAGCUGGCUGUUAAAGCUUCUGGUGUUUCGCUAAUAGAAGCUGUCAGCGACGAUGCUUAUGCUGGGCAAGAAACCUGCAAAGUCUCGGCUAUCCUUCUUUUGAAUCUGCUUGCCGAACUAGAUGCUCAGGAGAAUUCCCAUUUAUUGGCGGAAAACAUCUCGCAGUCCAACUAUCUGAGCAUGUUUUUAGACUCUAUCAGAACGUUGUCUUCAGAAUUUCGAGAUGCUCAAGCUCAUGACAUUCCGCUGUUGAUAUCUUACUACCACGCACUGUUGUCUCUGCUUCAAAAACUGUGUCAAACCAAGAUUGGGGCAACUCUCGUACUGAAUACAGGGUUAUUUGCUUCUAUUCGAGAGUCGCGGCUCUUCGCUGCCGAUCCAGAUAUUGGCAUAGACAUGGAUAAUCCGGAUGCUCUUCGUAACUACUACGAACUCCUUGCUGCAAUGCUGCGGGUCAUUGUUUCGGCCGUCUUCUCCCGCGGUGUCCAUAAUGAGCAGAUUAUGGAGCAGACCCGGGCCUUCCUUGCGGAAAAUAGGUCGAGUAUGGUUGGCAUAUUCAAGCGCUCUGCCAAGAUUGGAGGCGAAGUGUCUUCAGAUAAUCGUCAGGUGAUUCAGAAUUUGGUCAAAGCCUAUGUCGCAUUGAUCACUGCUGCUGGCUUUGUCGAGUUCGAGGACCAGGAAUUACAACAAAAUCCAGAAGCAAAAGUUUUUUCAUAG